AUGAGCCACAAACCACGCCCACUGGCAGCUGGUCACGCCCCCUCCCCCUACGCGCGACAGAAGCCACGCCCCCUUGCCCCACUCCCGCUCGCCGCCGCCAACGUGCUUCAGGGGCGAUGCACCCACCCAGCGACUCGAUGGAUCCCGUCACCCAACAUAAGUCAGAUGACCACGCCCUCCUCCACCACUAGCCACGCCUAUUCCACCGCCUGGCCACGUCCCUCGUGCUACGGCGCGCCCCAUCGCUCCAGUGGUCCGAGCACAAGCCGCGCCCCCACAGCUGUCAGACGGCCACGCCCACCCGUCGCCAGCCACGCCCACCCGUCGCCAGGCAAGCCCACCCGUCACCAGCCACGCCCACCCUUCGACAGCCACGCCCACCAGUCGCCAGUCACGCCCACCCGCCGCCAGCCACGCCCACCACCCGCCGCCAGCCAUGCCCACCCGUCGCCAGCCACGCCCACCCGUCGCCAGCCACGCCCACCCGUCGCCAGCCACGCCCACCAUUGUUUUAAGUCACCGAGCGCUAGCCACGCCCUCUAUCACCCACCACGCCCAUUGGCAGCCGACACGCCCACCUCGGCAUCACCGGCCACGCCCCCCGCCCGCCAGCGCGUCAUCGAACACAAUCCACGCCCCCCACCGCUGGCCACGCCCCACCAUUACUGGCCACGCCCCUCCCCCCACACGCCCACGUGCUCCCCGAGCCAUCCCCGGAGCCGCGCAAAGCUGUCAAUCACCCGGCUGCAGCGCUGCAGCCGCAGGGAGUUUUGCACUUUGACCGGAGGGAGUUUAGUUUAG